AGAAAUCUCUGAUUAUAUAUUCUACUUCUUAUUGCGUUGUUUCUCAUGGCUCUGCUUAACUGCGGUCUGCGGCAUUGAAACUUAACCUGUGUUUUGUUUCUACUUUCUUCGAUCAUAUGAACUCUCUUUUGUCUUCUCUAAAACUCAAUAUCAAACCAACGAGCUCAAAGAAAAUCGAGGCAAGUGUAAGCUAGCAAGAGGAAAUUAAAAACCUCCGUUUAGUUGUGUUUUCAGAGGGCAAUGAACGUAUAGGGUGUGGCCAUUGGGCCUGGAUCAAGAGCUUACCCACUUGUUGCGUGUUUAGGACUCUUGUUGGGCUACGGUUGCUUAUGCAAAUUGGGCAACUUGGGAAAUGAUUGCACAGAAUAUAGACUCAGCAACUCCAGAACCACAGGACGCAGUAGUCAUUGACAUUGAGGACUCAACAACAACAAAUACAGAACUACAACUCACAUCACUACAAAAUGGGGUACCAAUAAAUGCCAAACCACAGCUUAAAAGGGUCGACACAGCUACUUACAAAAGGCCUUCACUUGAUUUUCUACAGGAUACGAAGGAUGCAAUGGAGGUUUUCUUCUCCCAAUGUGUGCCACUUUACAAGCAUGCAUUAGAUGGCAAUUGGCAAGCAGCAAAGCACAUCUUAGAUGCAAACCCUGCACUGAAGACUGCUGCCAUAGCACCUGGGUGGCCCACAGUGCUGCAUGUUGCUGCAGGCACAAACCAUUAUCACUUUGUGGAGGAGUUGCUCAACAUAUUAGACAAUGAUGCAAUUCAAUUGCAGGAUAAAAAGGGCAACACUGCCUUUUGCUUUGUUGCUGCGGCUGGCAAUUGGCGCAUUGCUGAGUUAAUGCUGAAAAGAAAUAUACUUCUGCCAACAGUCAAGGGUGGAGAUGGAAUGACCCCUCUUCACUUUGCUGCUUUGCAAGGAAGAUGCCCAAUGGCAUGCAAGCUAUACCCUAUGACCAAAGAGAUGUUUGAUGAUGAGGAUUGGGAAUUAUUGUUCUUCACUUGCAUCAAAACUUGCAACUAUCACUUGGCCUUAAAAAUGGUAAGAGAUAGGAAAGAACUAGCUUUUGCACGAGAUGGGAAUAACGGUGAGGAGAAAAAGGGCGGCAUAGCUUUGCAUCUCUUGGCUCAAAAUCAAAAGCCUUUGGAUUCUUGUUGUCAUUGCCACCAACAUCAAAUUCCCGUCAAGAUAAACCCUGGCAUGAAACAACACGUGUUUCUUCAAUUGGUUAAUUUUCUCUGGAAUACCCUUUUGGAAAACAUAGACUCCAAGAGCAAGAUACUUGACAUCAUAAGUGAACCUUCUCAUCUAUUAUUUGAUGCUGCAGAAGUUGGUAAUUUUGGGUUUUUGUCUGAGCUUAUUAGUGCUUAUCCCAGCUUGAUAUGGGAAGUGGAUAGCAGAAACAGAAGUAUAAUUCACACAGCUGUUUUGAAUCGACAUGCUAGCAUCUACAACCUCAUACACGAAAUAGGGUCUAUAAAAGAUAUUAUAGUGACAUUUGCCGGAGAAGAAGACGAGAACACUUUAUUGCAUUUGGCUGCAAAAUUAGCUCCACCUAGUCAACUUGAGUUAGUCUCAGGAGCAGCUUUCCAAAUGAGCCUUGAGAUAUCAUGGUUUGAGGAGGUGAACAAGAUAAUGCCACCAUCAUUCAGAUGGAUGAAAAAUUCCGAAGGCUUAACUGCUCGAGAAUUAUUCACAAAGGAGCAUGCAGAUUUGCGGAAAAAUGCAGAAUCAUGGAUGAAACGCACAGCUGAGUCAUGCAUGCUUAUUUCAACCGUUAUUGCCACGGGAGUGUUCUCUGCCGCAAUUAGCACACCAGGUGGCAUGAAUGACGAAUCAAAAGAACCAAACUAUUUGGACAAAACAUCGUUUCUGAUAUUUGCUGUAUCAGAUGCAACUUCACUGAUCUCAUCUGCAACUGCAAUACUCAUAUUCUUAUCGAUUCUCAUCUCGCGUUAUGCUGAGUAUGACUUCCACAAGUCACUGCCAUUGAAGCUUAUAUUUGGACUGAUAAGUUUGUUCAUCUCCAUAACAAGCAUGAUGGUUGCAUUUGGUUGUUCCUUCUUCAUAACUUAUUACUAUGGCAUGAAGUGGGUUCCUAGUUUCAUCUCAGUACUUGCAUGUCUACCUAUACUUCUCUUUAUAGGUCUGCAAUUUUCGCUGUGGUCAGUUAUUAUCUACUCGACCUACUACUGCAAAGCUCUCUUUAAGCCAGGUAAAAAGAUGCUCUACGUGGUAGAGAGAAAAGGAUACAAUGUUUAAGAUAAAUGAAGGAUCAUAUAAUGUUUCGUUGAAGUUUGUAAUAUAGUAGUUGGCAACAAUUUGUAUUGUAAGGGUAUUUUAAAUAAAUUUGAAAUGUGAAUAAUAUAUUUGCACAAUGAUUAUUUUA